CAAAGCAAUUAAACAAUACGGUUGACCUUGUUAAGCACUUAAUAAUCAUAAACAAAAUGGUAAUUUUAUAGUGGAAAAUAUCACUGAAUAAUCAGUUGUUGUCUGAUAUUUGUGUAAUUCAAUGCGUUUGCGCGAAUAUAUUCACUAGACACUUUGAGUAUAUAAUAUCUCGUUUACAUUCUCCGAGUGUGACAACGCUAUGUUGCAUCAACUACAAACCAUGCUUUUACAACCAUAACUUAUGUACUUAUUUACUAUAGAACAAUGUCGACCGUUUCGAAUCCAGCUAAAAAACUACUCCGAGCAGAAAUAAAAAAAGUUCUUGCAUCGAUGACGAAGGAGGAUCAAGCUAAGCAAUCUGCGUCGAUAACACAUCAGAUUACAUCGAUGGAAAUAUUCAAACAAUCUAGUCGUGUGAGCGUCUAUCUAAGUACGGAUGGCGAAGUGUCUACUAAAGAAUUACUGAAUGUAAUGUUUGAGGAAAAGAAGGAGGUGUUCGUACCCAGCUAUUCUGGUAAAACAAUGAAAAUGGUAAAAAUCAAUGACAUUGAAGACUACGAAAGUCUUCCAUUAACCAAAUGGAAUAUUAAACAACCCCGAGCUGGUGAUUCGAGAGAAAACGCAAAUCUCACAGGUGGUCUAGAUUUGAUAUUGUUGCCAGGAGUAGCAUUUACAAAAAGUGGUGGUAGAAUGGGUCACGGAAUGGGUUAUUACGACAAAUAUAUACAGGGUUUAUUCGACACUUGUCCUGGUCGUGCAGCACCAAAUGAAUGGAGAGGCAAUUUGAACGGAAAAAUGAACGAAAAGAAAACAAUCCUCAUAGGACUUGCAUUUAAGCAACAAGUUGUCGAAAAUGUUCCAAUAGAUGAGACAGAUAUUUUACUAGAUUCUGUCAUUACAAGUGAGUGA